AUGGCAUCAGCUACCAGUUUCUACGAUUUCAAGCCUCUUGAUAAAAAAGGCCAACCCUAUCCCCUCUCCAGCCUCAAAAACAAAGUCGUCCUGAUCGUCAACACCGCCUCCAAAUGCGGCUUCACGCCGCAAUUCGAAGGUCUCGAGAAGCUCUACAAGAAGGUCAAGGCCGAGCACCCGGACGACUUCGUCAUCCUGGGUUUCCCCUGCAACCAGUUCAUGCAGCAGGACCCCGGAGACAACGACACCAUCCAGUCCUUCUGCCUGACCAACUACGGGGUCUCGUUCCCGGUGCUGGGCAAGACGGACGUGAACGGCGACAAGGCCGAGCCCGUGUACGAGUGGAUGAAGGCGCAGAUCCCGGGGUUGUUCGGAUUCAAGAGGAUAAAGUGGAAUUUUGAAAAGUUCUUGGUGGGCAAGGAUGGGCAAGUCAAGGGCCGUUGGGCGAGUACUAUGAAGCCGGAGAGCUUGGAGGGGCCGAUAUUGGAGGCGUUGAAGGAGCGCACGAAAUCUGAGCUAUGA